AAUAUAAUCUAUCAUUGCAUUACCAUCUUGCAAAUAAAUUGGUGCUUCCUCUAAGGCACGAUCAACUUCCUUAAUUGUAAAUUUGUCACCAAAUUUUUGAAGAUCAUCCCGUAUUCUAAAAAAAAAAAAAAGAAAAAAGAAAAACAAUAUAAUUUAUUUUCAUAUCAAUAUUAAUCUCUAAUUUUUUAAACUCAUCACUUGUUUUCUGGAAUCAUUCCGAUGUUUCUCAUAUCCCAAGUUGAUAAUGCAGCAGUGAUAACUUCUUCAGAGUCCAUUUCACUAACUUUUUGUCUAUUAAUAAAUUGUGUAUGUGUAUAUACACACAUACACACAAAGUUAAUCUUGUUUUCUCAUGUUAUUCUUUACACUAUGUGGUGUUUCUUAACUCACCCAAAAAGUGUAAUAAACGCAUCAAAAUCAAUCGGAGUUGGUAUUUCUGAUAACAUUCGCUGUAAUUGUUCUUCGGAUACAUCGGGUUUGCCCAUAGUUAUGAAAGUAAACUUUAGGUCUUCUAAAUCAAUGAUACCAUCACAAUUAAAGUCAAAUAAUUGAAAUGCCUGAAAAAAUACAUAAUACGUAUGUAAUUGUUAUAAGAAAGAUUUAAAAUUAGAACAAGUUAAAUAAGUUACUUCUUUUAGCUCUGAUAAUUUGAUCAAAUCACUUUUUCCUACUUCAUUUCGAAUCUUUAUUUCUUUAGGUAGCGAAACAGCGUUGAAAAUCAUUGAUUUCUCCACGGAAACAUUAUCUUGUAAAUUUUUUGCUUUUAUUGUCUCUACAUCAGAUUUUUCUUUUUCUCUUUCCUCUUCUUUUUUCUUAUCCAUUUCAUUUUUCUUUUCCGUUUCCUUUUUCUUUUCUUCUAUUGAUUCUUUAACACUCUCCUUCAAUUGUCCUUCAGCUAUCUUGGAUGAUUUUUUCUUUUUCUAAAGAUAACAAAUGAACGUUUUUUGUCAUGUCACUAAAUAUAUAAAUCUAACAUGUAUAGUUAAGAAAUAAUAUUUGUACCACUUUUUUUUCUUGAUUCUCUUUAUUAUUUUCUUCCUUUUCAGGAUAAGGCAUUUUUACUUUUUUUUCUAUGCUGGACUAGACUAUGCUGAAACAAUUAUACUUCGACUAUUUUGAUGACACAAAAACUUUAAUAAUCGACAAGAUGUAUAAUAACUACUAUUAAUUAAUCUAUAUUAUCGUAUUUUCAUACUGUCCAAAAAUUAGCAGGACGCGCUCUUUUAUAGAUCUAAGAUUGGCCCCCCUCCAUUGGUGCUGCUACCAUCUCCAGCGAAAUCUGUUUGGAUGUCACAAAAUAUAUUUUCCCGGGAAUAUUGUUUAAUAUGUUCAGACAUGGUAAUUUUUGCAUAUCAAUUUUUUGUUAUCAAUAAAAUAUUGAAGCCUCGCUGUUCUCGAAGAGAUAAUAAAGAAAUAACAAAUAUUAUCGAUGAAAUGUUUUUUAAUUAAUAUAAUUAGCGCAAAACUUAGGAAGGAAUACUCGCCAAACGUAAAGUGCGUCACUUGGCACAAAUGCUUCAUUGGGAUUUCCGGUUUUCCACCUGUCUUUAUGACCACGUUCAUGUGUCACUUUGCUUCCAACGGUACAACCGCUCCAUUCCAUCUGCAUCCACUACGAGGAAUACUUCGAUCAUCGGACCAUCGAUUUGAUGACAUACCGCCAGGUCCCACUUUCUUAUGCAAAGGUCAUCGUUCUCUUCUCAAGACUCCCACCAUAUCCGUUUAAAGAAAUAAGAAAGUACGAGGCGUUACCUUGACUGGCCACCGUUGUAAGUCUACAGUUUUCUGCCGUAUGGUGAACCAUGUGAGUUAACGAAUCAAAAGAUCAAUUUAAGAUAAAGAAAAUGCUAUAAAAGAUCUUUAAUAAUUGUCGAUAAUGUGGUGGCUUUUUUUAUUAAGUUAUGUGAUAUCAGGAAAUGCACUCAAGCUAGCGGCUUAUAUAUCCGCUGGUGGUCUUCAUGGAGAGGUCCGAUUUGAACAAAAAACAGAGAAUUCGAUAAGAAUUCGAUUCGCUUUACAAACGACACUUCAGUAUCCAGAUCAACAAUGGUUCUGGUCUAUUACACAAUUUCCUGUCGACUACACAGUCAUAGACGAUCGAUGCAGUCGUCGUCAUCUUGGAGAAAGCAUAAUCGAUCUGACGGAUCUAGUUGGUCCAUUGGAAAUGCCUGGGAAUGAAACAGGUUCUGUUGAAGUUCCAGGUGUAACUCUAACUGGUGAAAAGGGAUUAUGGGGUAAAGGUCUGUUACUAAAAGACUCCUAUACGUCCAGAAUAAUCUGUGCUUCUAUCACGGUUUUUGAGAAAAAUACAGAGAAAUUCGCCGAAGCUCGUUUUUACGGCCCAGUAGCUGGAACAGUUUGGUUCCGAUGGCUUGGUGGUCAAGCUGGUGACAAUACCACCGAUACUAUCAUUUAUGCCGAUUUGCAUCAUAUCAAUAACCAAAAGUUACAAGUAGAUUAUACAGAACAUCACUGGAAAAUUUAUGUGACUGAUAUUUUUAACAUUGGCAAAGAUAAAUCAAAUUGCAAUAUACUUCAAACAGUUUUCGAUCCAGAUAAUGCUGGUCCUGGCAAAUCUAUCGGUGAUGUUGACAUGCGUUUGGGUAAAAUAAAAGUUGCCGUAAAACAAAGUCCAAAAUACAAGACUUCUUAUAGAGAUCCAGAAUUAUCACUCCUACCGGCUGAUCUUCUUGGACCACAUCGAUUAUUGUACUUAGUUAUUUUUCACCCUACGCACGACGACUCGUUUUUGGCUUGUGCUAAGAUCAAUCAUCGCAAACCGAUUCUUGCUAAAACAUUAAUUAGCUCUCGUGGCAUAAAAGGUGAGAUGACAUUAAGCCAAGAAACUCCGUUUAACCCGACAUGGAUCAAUAUAUCUCUUACACCAGUCAAUUUAGAAACGAGACUGCGUUAUGCCACCAAAGUAGCAUAUUAUAGGAUACAUGAACUACCACCUGAACCAGCUAAAUUUUUAGAGGAUAUCGGAGAACCGUGUUUGACAACUAAAAACAUGUACAAUCCAACUAAGAUAGACGAGAAGACAGUACCACCAGCAGGUUUAGGAACUCAGGAUCAAUAUAGCAUUGGUGAUUUGUCAGGAAAGCUUCAAGGUCGUAAGGAAGGAUCUUAUCAUACUGAUAUUUUACCUGGAAGUGCAAAAUUGCAUGGUAUCUAUUGGGACGUAUAUCUGCCACUGUCAGGAAUUCAUAGUAUCGUUCAUCGGUCUCUUGUAAUUCACAAGUAUAAUGAAACUGAUAAUAAAGGUAUAAUACCAUGGGUAUGUGGUACUUUUGCUCUUCAUUUACCACAAAAUGCAGGACAAAUCCCUAUGUUUACGGCACAAGUAAUCUUUAGAUAUCCAAUAGUAGGAAAAAUAAUAUUCCGUCAACCAAAAAACAAUCCUGAAGCUGAUACAACUAUUAUAAUUGAAAAUUUAGUUCAUGCCGAUGGCAGUGCACUGAAUAAUUCAGCCGAGCACAGAUGGAUGGUACACGAUAAUCCUCCUGGAAAAGAUUAUUAUAAUUGGACUGGCAGAUGUCUAAGCGCUGGUGCACCUUACAAUCCUCAUAAAAUCGACUGGGAUCCAAAUCAUACGAAAUAUUGUUCAACAGUUGAAGUCUCGUUAUGUCGAUUGGGUGACCUUACGAGACAUGGAAAACUCGAAAUUGCUGGGAAAAAGGUCUAUGGGCCUCUUCUAACUCGAAAACUCUUUACAGAUACGAUGUUGCCACUUUCUGGACGAAAUAGUAUUUUAGGAAAGAGUUUAGUAAUUUACGAUGAUCAUGGACCAAUCGCAAGAGGAGAAAGACUCGCUUGUUCGACGAUCGGUGGAUUAUAUAGAUUAAAAGCAAUUGCUAAAGAUUGGUUUGGUAAUGGUGAACCUGUUCAUAUAAGAGGAAAAUUGGAAUUCAUUCAACAAAGCGAAUACGAUGUCACGGACAUUGAAAUUAAUCUUGAAGGACUUGGUGGAAAAAUGAGCGGAUAUCACAUACAUAUGACUCCGGUAGAAAUAGAUUUAGAAUUCCCUUGCGAAGCUACAUCUUUAUAUAAUUACUGGAAUCCGUUGGGUGUGAAUUCAAGUAACAUUCCAGGCUCUAGAGAAGGUACAUCGGAUCAAUAUGAAAUGGGAGACCUUAGCGGAAAAUUUGGUACUUUAGAUAACAGAAAAAAAUAUAUAACGAGUUACAACGACACCUUGCUUCCAUUGUUCGGACCUAGAAGCAUUUUUGGUCACAGUGUAGUGAUUCAUAAAAAAGAAAAAAAUCUAAGAUGGGCCUGUUCUACGAUAGAAAGAGGAUAUGCACCAUCUGAAGCGGUAGAAUUACGAGCAAUUGCUUCGUUCCAUCAUCCACAAGGAUUUGCAUAUGGUUAUGUUAAAAUGUCACAGCUGGCAUAUAAAGAUGGUAGUCAAAGUGAAACAGUAAUUGAAGUCAAGUUACGACAUCCAGGAAAUCAUGAUCGUAAUAUUACAAAGAAUCACAAUUGGGCUAUAUACGUUAAUCCUGUUGGAGUGGAUGCAGCUGUAAAAGUAAAAGAUACUAGAUGUGUCGCAGGUGGAUACAUAUGGAAUCCUUAUUUUACUCAAUUAGCAGAUCCUUUGAAUGAAGAUCUGUAUAGACAAGAAUGUGGUCCUGAUUUGCCUUUAAGAUGCCAAGUAGGAGACAUUUCAUCUCGUUUGGGACCAAUCAAUAUAGGAAUGGAAAGACGAGUUUUCACAGAUCCAAAUUUUCCAUUAGAUGGGCCAGUUUCUGCGAUGGGAAAAUCAAUCGUUAUUAUGGACAGAGAUUUUGGAAAUAAUAGAUUUGCUUGUGCUAAUAUUGAACCGGACAACGAUAUAGUAAAAUAUGCAAAUAUAAGAAAACCACCUCGUUUUGUCGUAGCACAAUUCUUAGAAGAUGUAAGAAAAGUAAUGGGUAUUCCUGAAUGGAUGUUAUCUAUCGAUAGCAGAAAAACUAAAAUAUUACACAAUGGAGCUUGUAUUCAAUUUUUGAUACACUUUAAAGGUCCAAUAGCCAAUAAAUUAGAACAGGAUUUUAGUAAAUUAAUGUCGACUGGGAAAUUAGAAGCUCCAAGUUUAUAUAUACCAGGAUAUAUACCGUCAAAGAGAAAAGCAACAUUAGGGCAUCGGCAAUGCGGAGUACGAGAUCCUAAUGACAAAAAUUUUAAUUUGUUUAAAAGUUGUUCCAUUUCUCUCGCACCAGGAUUGAUUAUAAUACUCCUACUAGUCUUUGUAAAUAGACUAAUUUAAUAUAAAAUAAAAAUGUUAUGAUCUCAUUUAUUUAUAUAUAUUUUUUAUAAAUUCAAUGUUUAAUGAUGUAAAAAAAAAGAUAAAGAUUAUAUUUCGCGCCA